AUAAUAAAAAAUAUAAGUAACACUAAUAAAUACUCUUUAUUUAUUUAAUUUUGCCACUAUUCAAUAAAAUUACAAUAUACAUUUCAAAUUUAUUGCCCUUUGUAUGAGGCUAUAAUAGAAAAUGGAUCUUGCGAAGUCAUUUUUCAGUUCCCGUGACCACGAAGGCUAUGUGGGCCGUGAAGAUCAUGAGCGCAAAAUUAGUGCAGCUUUAGCAGAUGAUGAUCCUGAGGAUGUGAUUGAUUCAAUACGUGGUCUAAAUAUUGCUGAUGAACUCCUCCCGUCCCCCGGAGGACCAUUUUCCGCGCUCACAGCAAGUAUGGUACCUCAGGAUAUAAUGGCUAAACUAGCGCAGCCUGAAUCGGAAGGACACAGUGUAGGCUUGCCUGACUACAGAUUCGACGAAUUUGGUUUCUGUGUCGAAGAAGAAGAUGGACCCGAACGGAAUACUAACAAAUUAUUAGCUAAUGACUUUGUUGAAGAUGACCAGCAUCGUCUGCAAUGGGAAUUCUACAGUAAAGAAAUCAGUUUCUCCACAACAGAAGGAAAAAUGGAAAAAACAGAUAAAUUGCAACAAAUGGUUAAAGAUGGGGUACCACAUUCACUCCGCCCACAAGUUUGGAUGCAUCUCUGUGGAGCUAACAAGAAGAGGGCAACAACAGAAAUUACAUAUCAUGAAAUUGUGCGUGCUUCAAGUGAUGAUGGAUUAGUGACUAGUAAGCAAAUUGAAAAGGAUUUAGUCCAAAUACUGCCAAACAAUGUCUGCUUUUCCCACCCAACUAGUACAGGAGUACCAAGGCUUAGGCGAAUUUUGAGGGCUCUGGCAUGGUUGUAUCCUGAUAUAGGCUAUUGUCAAGGUACAGGUAUGAUUGCAGCAUCCCUACUACUUUUAAUAGAAGAAGAAGAUGCAUUCUGGAUAAUGUGCACCACUGUGGAGGAUCUUCUACCAGCUUCAUAUUACUCAUCAACUCUGAUUGGCAUUCAGGCUGACCAGAAAGUUUUAAGAAGUUUAAUUUCAACAUAUCUGCCAGGUAUAGACCAGGUUCUAAAUGCCCAUGAUAUAGAGCUCUCUCUUAUAACAAUGCAUUGGUUUCUGACACUUUAUGCCAAUGUUGUACAUAUGAAAAUCUUACUGAGGAUUUGGGAUCUUUUCUUUCUAGAUGGUUCUGUAGUAUUGUUUAAAGUAACACUGGCUAUGCUGAAAAUAAAAGAGAAUAGGUUUACGGAAAUAUCUAACUCAGCUCAGAUUUUUAAUGCUUUGUCUGACAUACCUGGUGAAAUUGAUGAUGUAGAUCUCAUGGUUAAGACAAUUGAUGAAGUGUGUGGUGAUACAUUAAGCCCUACUCUAAUAGAUACACAUAGAAGAAGGCACUUGGCGUAUCUUAUGGCUGAUCAAGGAGCUUUAGUUGGAAAUCCAAAUGCAGUUCCCAAUCUCCCUAAACAACAACUACAAAGACGUCAAAUUAAAAGGAACAAGUCAGUCAUUCAAACUAUACUAUUUGGAGAGGAUAGUAACAAUGAAGAUGCAAUCUCAAAAAAUGUUAAACAAACAGAAAUAUUGGUUGAUCUCAGAGAAGCAAUAUUACAGGUAGCUCGUCAUUUUCUAGCACUUGAGCCACAGUUGGCUUCUGAGAUACAACUAACAGCUGAUUAUACAAUGCAAAGUCAUGCUGCAGAUAGAGAAAGAUAUGUUAAUGUAUCUAGGAGUAAGAGGAGGAGAGCAAAAGCAUUAUUGGAUUUUGAAAGAAGGGAUGGAGAUGAAUUAGGCUUUAGAAAGAAUGAUGUCAUUGAAGUAAUCAGUUCUAGAGAUGAGCAUUGUUGGAUUGGUGAAUUAAAUGGCCUACGUGGUUGGUUUCCUGCUCGAUUUGUCAAGUUACUGGAUGAAAAGGGAGUCAAGUAUAGCAGGGCUGGAGAUGACUCUGUUACAGAGAAAGCAGCACAUUUAGUCAGAGGUGUUCUUGCACCUGCUUUUAAGAGAGUUUUGUUACAUGGUAUUAAAAAACCUAGUUUUCUAGAUGGUCCCUGCCACCCGUGGCUGUUCAUAGAAGAGGCAUCAUCACGAGAAGUGGAAAAGGACUUUAACUCUGUAUAUAGCCGCUUAGUCUUAUGCAAGACAUAUCGUUUAGAUGAGGAUGGGAAAGUAUUGACACCUGAAGAAUUGUUGUAUAGAUGUGUCCAAGCUAUCAACUUAUCCCAUGAUAAUGCUCAUGCUCAAAUGGAUGUAAAACUGCGCACACUCAUAUGCAUGGGUUUGAAUGAAGAAGCAUUACAUUUGUGGUUAGAAGUUUUAUGUUCUUGUGUGGAUGUUGUUCAAAAAUGGUAUCAUCCAUGGUCUUUUAUAAAUUCCCCUGGUUGGGUUCAAAUUAAAUGUGAAUUGAGAAUACUUUCGCAAUUUGGCUUUAAUUUGAAUCCAGAAUGGGAGUUGCCCUUAAAGAAAGACACACAAAAUCAACCACUUAAAGAAGGUGUUAGAGAUAUGCUUGUAAAACAUCAUUUAUUUUCAUGGGAUCUGUAAAUAGAGAUAAAAAUAUUUUAAAUAUCAUUCCUUAAGUGCAAUAUUUGUAAUAUGUAUUUAAAUUAUUGCUUCUAAUAGAAUAAGCUUGCCUAAUUAAUAUACAUUUGUUUACACAUACAUAUAUAUAUAUACAAUAUUAUUAAUUGUUAAAAUCUAUAUUA